UUCAAGAGCACAUUUUUGAGAGGUCGAUCGUUCUCUCUCUCACACAAAUUCUCUAUUAAAAAUGGCUUCAUCUUCGCUUAACCUUAUGCUUGUGUUCUUCUUGAUAAGCUGCACUGAUUAUUUUGUAUCUUCAAACGAUGCUAUAGUACUUGAUGGACUUCUCCCAAAUGGAAACUUUGAAGAGGGACCAAAGGCAUCAGACUUAAAACACACGGUAAUCAAAGGGAAAUAUUCCCUCCCAAAAUGGGUAAAAAAGGGCUUGGUGGAGUACAUAUCAGGCGGAGCUCAACCAGGGGGCUUCUUUUUCACGGUUCCACGUGGCGUCCACGCUAUAAGGCUAGGGAAUGAGGCUACUAUACAUCAAUAUGUGAGAGUUAAGAAAGGGUCAUAUUACUCUCUAACCUUUAGUGCAACAAGAACUUGUGCCCUUGAUGAAGUUUUAAGGAUUUCGGCUUCUAAUGACUCUGCUGAUUUACCAAUCCAAACAUUGUUUAGUAGCAAUGGAGGAGACACUUAUGCUUGGGCUUUUGAGGCCACUUCCCAAAUUAUUCGGGUUACUUUUCAUAACCCGGGUAUGGAAGAGGACCCAGCAUGUGGACCUCUUUUAGAUGCUAUUGCGAUCAAAGAGAUGGUGCCACUUCCUAAACCCAUCAAUGGAAACAUUGUAAAAAAUGGAGACUUUGAAAUUGGUCCACAUGUAUUCAAGAAUUUCUCAACAGGAGUCCUACUACUUCCACAUGCCCAUGAUUUCAUCACUCCACUUCCCGGCUGGAUAAUUGAGUCACUUAAACCUGUCAAGUACAUUGAUUCAAAACACUUCUUCGUUCCCUCGGGAUCCUUUGCUAUUGAAUUAGUUGGAGGAAGAGAAAGCGCGAUAGCUCAAAUAAUAAGAACAAUACCUAAUGAAUUCUACCUCCUCACUUUCAAGAUUGGAGAUGCCAAAAAUGAAUGUCAUGGAGAAAUGUUAGUGGAAGCAUUUGCCGCCGAAGAUAAUGUUAAGGUUAACUAUGAUUCAAAGGGAAAGGGUGGCUUCACUUCUGCAAGUCUCAAGUUCAAAGCUGUAACAGAUAGAACUAGGUUAACAUUUUGGAGUUCAUUCUAUCAUACUAGACUUGAUGAUUUAAGUCACAUGUGUGGUCCUAUCUUGGAUGAUGUUAGGGUUGUGCCUCUUCAUUGAUUGCAAAAGCUAAAUUAAUUAACCAAAUUAAAGAAAUAUUUUGGUUUAUUAAGUGAUCAAAAUAUUAUUUUGUACGUAGUAUCAGAUAUUAAUUUAUAAAUCAAAGUUCAAGGAAAUGAAUAAUAUUUGGUAUAGGGAUCAAAGAGUGUUUUGUAUUCAAGCAUCUUAUCAAAGCAAUGAAUAU